GAACUCCAAGCAACAAAAAAGAAAUAAAUAAAGGUGAAAAUGGCGCGCAGCUGAUAAAGGAAAAGGCCGAGGGUUAUUUUGUGAGCCGCCGUUGGAGUCCGAGAAAUGGCGACAAUCUUGAUUCACAACUCCAACUUCCACCACCAUGUCCACAAGCAGCACCUGUGCCCUAGUAGAUGUGGAAGAAACCCUACCACCGUAUCUCUCAAUUUCUCGUCUAACCUGAUUCAUCACUCUAAUCUCCGGGCAAGCGUUCCUACAAAUAAACCAAGACAACGGGGUGCUAGGAUUGUUAAUUCUUCGGAGAAAGAGAAGGAAUCCAUCCAGAGCAACUCAGAAGAUGAAGAGGCGUAUGAUUUGGGGGUCAAAGCUGCAUUGUCCGUGCUCAGAUUCUACAAAAGGGAAAUCUCGCCGUUGUUGCCAAAGAGUUGUCGUUUCGUUCCAACAUGCAGCGAGUAUUCCAUGAUUGCUUACAAGAAAUAUGGAUUUGCUAAGGGAACCGUUUUGACUGCUUGGCGUCUAUGUCGCUGCAAUCCUCUUGGAGGCUCUGGCUUUGAUCCCCCAAGAUGGUUUGAUGAGACGAGACCAACACAGCAUUGAAUCCCUCACUUCGAUAGUUUGGUGCACAGCACACGAGAUUCUCAGUGCCACUUUUUUUUAGUAACAAUUCAGUGUCAUUUUAUAUUUAUGUUAAAUGUCCUAUUUAUUUAAUUCAUCAUGCGUUGUUUAUUUAAAUUUCUUUUACUAUCAUGUGAUAAGUAAAAUUGACGCUGAAUUUGGCAUCGAAUAGUGACAUAGAGGAUCCCAACUGGGCGUACAGAGACUGUGAUGCC